AUGGACUACAGCGCAUCCAUCCACGAGACCGACGAUCCGGUGGGAGCUUCGCCCUGGGGCAACUCUCCCACCUCCUCGCCCAAGAGGAACCCGCCUCCGUUUGCCAGCCUCCCGCAGGAGAGCUCCUCGUCCACGUUUCCCUUCUCGUCGCAAGACUCCAACGGCCUGGGCAGUCCAGCUCUCGGCGCCGACGGUUUUCAGCGGCCCGGCACAGCCACGACUGCAUCCGAGACUGAAGGCGAGACCGACCACGAAGCUGUCCACGUCCAUGAAGAGUCUGAAGUCAGCCAAACUGUCGAUUCACAGCCGGCGCCGCCGGUUCAGCACCACCAGCCGCCUCCGCACCACCAGCAUCCUGGUUUCGCGCCCCAGGGACACAAUGCUGAACGCGGCCAGGGACCUGCACCGCCUACCGAGGGACAGACUCAUAAGCCACAGCCUCAAUAUAGAUUACAGGCCAAGAUCACUGGCCUAGAGCGCACUGGAAAGAAAGAUCCGUUGCUGCGAUUUGAUGUCUACACCAAUCUUCCUCGAUUUCGCACUUCGCAAUAUCGUGACGUUCGCCGCCUACACUCCGAGUUUGUGAAGCUUGCCGAGCAUCUCAUUUCCGCCAAUCCCGAUGCCUUUGUGCCAGCCGUCCCUCCUGCCGUCACCUCGGCAGGCGCUGGAACCGACGAGGACGAGACCCGAGUCAAGGCUCUGAUGCAGAGAUGGUUCAACUAUGUCUGCAGCAACGAAACCUUGAUGAGAGACGACGAGAUGAUACUUUUUGUCGAAUCGGACUUUGGCUACAGCCCAUUGGUCAAAAUGAAGCAGCCCGCUACCGGUGUUCGCAGAAAGAUCCUCAAGCAAUUCGCCCCGCCACCCGACGAUACGCCCGAGCUCGCCGAUGCACGUCCUGCCGUCAAGCUGUUUUACCUCGGCACCAUGGAUGCAGGGCACAAGGUGGACAAGCUGGUCAAGGCCCGGCGAGGACUUGGUCUGGCCGAGUCUGAUUUUGGUGUCAAGCUUGGAGCCAUGAAUGUGCAGGAACCUCACCCUGGUCUGGCCAAUGCAUACAGAAAGCUGGGCAAAGUUAUUCAGAAUGUGGGAGACUACCACGCCGCACAGGCUACCGCCGAGGCAUCGACAAUUGGCGACCCAUUCCAAUAUCAUUCGCAGGAUGCCUUCAUCGUCAAGGAAACCCUGACGAACCGACAAAUUCUCACGAGAGAAUUCAUUCAGGCUCAAGAAGCCACGAGGAGCAAGCUCAAUGCCGCUGAUCGCCUCAAGGCCAGCAGCAGCGUGCGCCGUGAAAAGGUGGACGAAGCCAUUUCGGCUCUCGAUGAUGCGCGUGAGACGGAGGCCUACCUCUACAACAAGACCCACAAGGUAACGCAGAACCUGCUCCAGGAGCGCCGCAAGUGGUUCUCGCGGACAGCGACCGACUUGCGACUGAGCAUUAGAGAAUUCGUUCUGCGCGAGAUUGAGGCCGAGAGACGUACGCUAUCCGUGCUGGAGAGCGUCCGCGCCGAUAUUCGCGCCAUUGACCAGUCUGGUGGCCUGAGCCGGCUGGGCCGCGAAUCGCACCCCGUAAUCCGCCGCACCAGCCUAGCCGCCAGCCAAGGUCCCAAGGGCGAUGCGUGGAGUGGCGUGCCUCGUCGUGCGGAUGCGGCGAGCCGUAGCGCCUCAACGAGCUUCAUGGGCAAGCUGCCCGAGGACAAUGAGGCAGAGGAUGCGCCGCAGGAUGCGGCUGCUGGGCGCACCAGCCUGGUGGGCGUGACGGAGGAAGAGGACGACGACCGUAUUGAUGCGAGAAACGCGGCAAGCCGCCUGGCCACGAGCACUUUUUAA